GCAGCAAGGUGGCCCUGGUAGGGGAGGGGUUGAUACCGAGAUUGGGCACCAGGGGAAGAAUGUCUCGGUUCAACUUUGUCUGUGGCUUGCACCCCCGGAGAAGGCCACACGCCGGUUGUAGGGUGCAGAUGUGCUGAGAGUGAUUUCUAAGUAGUUGAGUUGUUGAGAUGAGGGUAGGACUGCUAAUGGUAGGCAGGUUUUGUUUUCAUUGGUGAAUCCGGUGUCAUCAUAUUCAGGGCAUAUGUUGAAAUAUUCUUUGUUUAGGUCUUGAAGUAGAGGAUCUCACUCUGCACGUCCACAUUGUGUUGUUUUUAAAUGAUGUCUGCAAGUGUGGCUUUCUAGAAUUUCAAAUGUGAGUUAAGGUCCGGGCGUGUGUGGGCCUCAGCAUUGGCCUUGACAGUGAACUUUGUGGCUGUGUUUUGGAUUUCAGAGAUUUGCCCCAUAGCCGGGAUGUAAGCUGUACGUUUUUUGUUAAUGGUAGGUGUCAGGAAUGUAGAUGCUUAAGCUGGGGACGUUAAAGGGAGAACAUUCCUGUAUUAAUAAUUGAUAGCUGAAUAUUAGAAUCAGAUUAAUUUGGGUUGUGAAAGUUUUUUUUUUUUUUUUUUUUUUUUUUUUCUCUUUUUGAAGCAGCUGUGCACUCUAGGAAGGAAGCCUUUUCAUAGGCACACUUUAUAGGAGUUCUUUAGGGCAGGGAGCUAGAAUAUCUCCUUUUGGAGAGGAUACUCAUGAACGUCUCUGGCUUCAUCGAGGGCCUGCUAAGGGGACUGAAACUGGGACUAAGACAUCUAAGUGUACUUUUCAGUGUUUAUGUUGUUUGUUUACAUCUGGUGUUGUCUCACAUUUGGGCACUAGAAAUAAAUAGGUCAGUUUUGCUUUUGGUUUUUGAAGAGUAGCCCCCUCCCUCCCUUUUUUUUCUUAAGUUUCACAAUUUACUUGGUUUCACAGCAUUGUAGGAAACUGUUACUACAUUUUUACUGGAAAUACUAUUAUUCAUUUUGAUUUUGGUAAGUUCCUUUCUAUUCUUUUUUUCCUGUCUUCACUUGUAAAUGGACUCUACGUUGUGGGCUUAACACUAGCUUAUUAGGGGCUAUUAAAAAUGUCUGAAGAAUACAUUUUAAAAUAUCAAGACAUACUUCUUGAUGGAAGGAGGAAAUUUUUGUGUGCAGUUAUAUUCCUGUUUCAAAAAAUUUCUGUACUUAAAACUUAAGUAGAUAGACAACUAUCCUUAAAGGGAGCAUAGUAAUAGUGCAGAAAAUUCUCAAAACACAAACUUCUGGCUAAUAUGAUAAAAAUAUUCCAGGUGCUUUUUUUUUUUUUUUAUAUCAGACUUUUGCUUUUGUUAACAUAAUGGUAUUUGAAUAUGACUGGCAUUGCUUGACUGGCCGUAAUAAAGUCUUUUGCUUGAGUGCUUUUGAAGGCUUUUAAAGGUAGUUUGGAGAUAAUUUUGCAAGCUUUAUUUAAGCAUGUUGCACUUUGGACUCAGGCAGGUCUUUAUGGAACCAGAAUAGUGAUAGAUUAAAAAGAGUCGUACCAAUGCCAGAUUUUUCUCUUUAAGAGAUAUAAGUGAUGGACAGGGCCCUCUUUCUUUUAGCUUUGAAGGGUUCAUCCUUUUCCCCAUUCAGUCAUCUGGGAGAAGCUGCCUCAGAAAUACUCUUCUUCUGCUUACAUGAAGAACUCUAAAUGCUAUCCAGCAGGAGGUGCUACAGCAAGAUAGAGCCAAUCUCUGAAUUCUGAGGGUCUUGCUACUUACUAUAGCUCUAUUAGCUUCAACUAAGCAGCAGGAUUAACACUUUAAAGUUCCAGAAAGAACUUUGAGGAGCAAGAGAGCUGAAGGACAGCCAGUUUCCCCAAAAUUGGACUUCUCAGAACCUUUAAUAUGCUAAUGUGCAUUGUGAAUCUCCAAGAGGGGGAUAUGAUAUGCAGCAUUCUUGAAUACUUCUAAUGACAGGGAGCCCACUACCUCAUAAGCUGCAGUGAGAAGAGGAGUUUGUUAUUUUAAACGGAGGCUGAAGAAACUGUAGACUUAGCAGACAUAAGAGAAAGUGGAGAAGGUGGAGGAUGGAGUUGCAGACUCUACAGGAGGCUCUUAAAGUGGAAAUUCAGGUUCACCAGAAACUGGUUGCUCAAAUGAAGCAGGAUCCACAGAAUGCUGAUUUAAAGAAACAGCUUCAUGAACUCCAAGCCAAAAUCACAGCUUUGAGUGAGAAACAGAAAAGAGUAGUUGAACAGCUACGGAAGAACCUGAUAGUAAAGCAAGAACAACCAGACAAGUUCCAAAUACAGCCAUUGCCACAAUCGGAAAACAAACUACAAACAGCACAGCAGCAACCACUGCAGCAGCUACAGCAACAACAGCAGUACCACCACCACCACGCCCAGUCAGCUGCACCCUCUCCCAACCUGACCGCUUCACAGAAGACUGUAACUACAGCUUCUAUGAUUACCACAAAGACACUACCUCUCGUCUUGAAAGCAGCAACUGCGACCAUGCCUGCCUCUGUUGUGGGCCAGAGACCUACCAUUGCUAUGGUGACCGCCAUCAACAGUCAGAAGGCUGUGCUCAGCACUGAUGUGCAGACCACACCGGUCAACCUCCAGACGUCUAGUAAGGUCACUGGGCCUGGGGCAGAGGCUGUCCAAAUUGUGGCAAAAAACACAGUCACUCUGCAGGUUCAGGCAACACCUCCUCAGCCCAUCAAAGUACCACAGUUUAUCCCCCCUCCUCGACUCACUCCACGUCCAAACUUUCUUCCACAGGUUCGACCCAAGCCUGUGGCCCAGAAUAACAUUCCUAUUGCCCCAGCACCUCCUCCCAUGCUUGCAGCUCCUCAACUUAUCCAGAGGCCUGUCAUGCUGACCAAGUUCACCCCCACGACCCUCCCUACCUCCCAGAAUUCCAUCCAUCCCGUCCGUGUCGUCAAUGGGCAGACUGCAACCAUAGCCAAAACGUUCCCUAUGGCCCAGCUCACCAGCAUUGUGAUAGCUACUCCAGGGACCAGACUCGCUGGACCUCAGACUGUACAGCUUAGCAAGCCAAGCCUUGAAAAACAGACAAUUAAAUCCCACACGGAAACCGAUGAGAAACAAACAGAGAGCCGUACCAUCACUCCACCUGCUGCACCCAAACCAAAACGGGAGGAGAACCCUCAGAAACUUGCCUUCAUGGUGUCUCUAGGAUUGGUAACACAUGACCAUCUAGAAGAAAUCCAAAGCAAGAGGCAAGAGCGAAAAAGAAGAACAACAGCCAAUCCAGUAUACAGUGGAGCAGUCUUUGAGCCAGAGCGUAAGAAGAGUGCAGUCACAUACCUGAACAGUACAAUGCAUCCUGGGACCCGGAAGAGAGGUCGUCCUCCAAAAUACAAUGCAGUGCUGGGGUUUGGAGCCCUUACCCCAACAUCCCCCCCAUCCAGUCAUCCUGACUCCCCUGAAAAUGAAAAGACAGAGACCACAUUCACUUUCCCUGCACCUGUUCAGCCUGUGUCCCUGCCCAGCCCCACCUCCACAGACGGUGAUAUCCAUGAGGAUUUUUGCAGCGUUUGCAGAAAAAGUGGCCAGUUGCUUAUGUGUGACACGUGUUCCCGUGUGUAUCAUCUGGACUGCUUAGACCCUCCUCUGAAAACGAUUCCCAAGGGCAUGUGGAUCUGUCCCAGAUGUCAGGACCAGAUGCUGAAGAAGGAAGAAGCAAUUCCAUGGCCCGGAACUUUAGCAAUUGUUCAUUCCUAUAUCGCCUACAAAGCAGCAAAAGAAGAAGAGAAACAGAAAUUACUUAAAUGGAGUUCAGACUUAAAACAAGAGCGAGAACAACUAGAGCAGAAGGUGAAACAGCUCAGCAAUUCUAUAAGUAAAUGCAUGGAAAUGAAGAACACCAUCCUGGCCCGGCAGAAGGAGAUGCACAGCUCCCUGGAGAAGGUAAAACAGCUGAUCCGCCUCAUCCACGGCAUCGACCUCUCCAAACCCGUAGACUCUGAGGCCACUGUGGGGGCCGUCUCCAACGGCCCGGACUGCACCCCCCCUGCCAUUGCCGCCACCUCCACGCCGGCCCACUCCCCCUCCUCCCAGAGCUGCACAGCGAACUGUACCCAGGGGGAUGAGACUAAAUAACAGAGCCCCGCGAGGAGAAGCCACGGGAUCCCGGCGGCAAGGAGAGCAAAAACACUGAAGACUCUAGAAAAGCAAAGCCGGAUUUCUUCUGGAAAGUACAGAAUUCUUUUGGUUCUUUGGUUCCAGAGAGAGAGAAGAUGCUUGUGCCAGGUGGCACCAGAGUUUGCCAAUUGAUCCUUCUUGUUCUGUGUGUACAUGCAAAGAUUGGACCAUGUUACAUGAAAUAGUGCCAGCUGGAGGUUCUUUGCCAGCAUCAUGCCAAGUGAAAUAAUAUAUUUACUCUCUCUAUUAUACACCAGUGUGUGCCUGCAGCAGCCUCCACAGCCACCAUGGGUUUGUUUCUGUUUUGUUGGGUGGGGAGCAGGGACGGGCGGAGGGAGGAGAGCAGGUUUCAGACCCUUAUUUGCGGAGCCGUUUGUUUAGGUAGAGAAGACGAGUCCAAAGAGUGUGUGGGCUUUCCUGUUUCUAAACUUUCACUACUAUAAAACCAAAAAAAAAAAAAAAAAAGGAAAUCGAGAUUUAACCAACCCCAGUGCCCAGAGGAGGGAUGGGAGGGAAUGGGAGGGAGCCAGGGUGGGAAAAAUAUAUCAAGUAAGCAGUAUUUCCUAUCGCCUGGGGAGGGGCACGGUACACGGAGAGGUGGACGGCAAGAACAGCCACAAGGUUCUUCUCCCGCGCACUCUGCUUCCUUCCGUGGGCGCCCCCACCGCUCCCCGCGUUCCUUCCCUGCUUUGGCAAAUUGGCGCGCAUCCCCGUGGAUGAUCCGGUUACCUUCCCUCUCCAAGAACGAGCAGAGCAGGCCCGGCCUCGGCUGGCCAUUGCCCGGGCAGGGAAGAAGGGUGUGUGUGUCGAGGAAGGAAAAAAGGUGGAUCAGUGAUUUUUACUUGAAAACAAGCUCCAUCCCUUUUCUAUAUUUAUAAGAAGAGAAGAUUCUGAGCGAAGCAGCACGCGACCCAGGUGUGUGUGAAUUGAAUGGAGAUGUUUCUUUCCUCUUUUUUUAAGUUUUUGUUUUUGUUUUUGUUUUUCUUUAAGAAAAAGUUUUAUUUUGUUGUUUACUUUACUUUUUUGGUAACAAAAACUAAAAUAAGGAAUAGAAAAGCUGUUUUUCAGGCUGACAGUCAAUUAAGGGUAGUCGAGGCCGUGCAUGGUAGAAUAGGAAUCAUAGUGUCAGUGAGGUCCAGUGAGUCCGUGUGAGUCCUGUGUCAUCGUUCGGGGCACUGUUUUUAUGCAAGGGCAAAAAUCUUUGUAUCUGGGGAAAAACAACAACAACUUUUUUUUAAAUUAAAAAGGAAAAUAAAAGAUAUUGAGGUCUUCCUAGUGUUACUUAAAUUAAGAUCAAGGUAAGAAACAUUGUAAAAAAAAUUACAAAAGUGCUAUUUGUUUCCUAAAAACAGUGAUUUCUAUUAAAAAGGUGUCAGAACUGGAGAAAAUGCUGUGUAGUUAUAAUUUUUUAGCACAGAACCUGCUGAUCAUGAUGACAUUUUGCUGUGUUUGUGUCUCAAGACUGGUGGGCUAGUCUCCAUGACUUCUGUCCUCUGGACGCUGCGGCCUUGAGGGGCAGCACGAGCCCUCCCACCACUCUCCCCUCCUUGGAAAGGACUGUCCUCCCUUCUUGGAGCAGGGGUCUGGGCUUCUGUUUUCAAAGCUCAAAUGGAGUGUGGACGGUAUCAGGGCCCUACCCUACCCGUUUGUCUCCUCGGAUUUUGCUAGAGCAAAAGGCUGGUGCCUAAAUAAGAUCCCUUCCUUUGGUGCUGCUUUCAGUCUUUCAGCCACCAGCAUUGUGAGUGCCUGGGGGACAACUCUGAAGGACUUGGCCAGUGACUGCUAGCCUUGGCGAGGGAGGGUGCAGGGGGCAGGCUGGCUGCAUCAGCCCUUGGUGCUUAGAAUGAACAAAGGAGCGAGGAGUCUUGAGGGUGUGUGGUGUCUCUGAGACAAAGAGCCCCAGGGUGGCCUUUGUGUCUGUCUUGCCUUUGGAGAGGUCUGAAUCUCCAGCCGAGUUCUCUGCCUGCUGGCUUCAGGUACAGGAGACGGAGUUUACUGCCCUUUGCACAUUCACAAGCUUCCUGGUGACCUGUGGCUGGAAUCCCUGUGCUUGCCUUGGCUCGGCCGGUCUCCUUGAGAAAACCAGGGUUCUGAAAGACUUGGAUCAUGUCUGUCAUCUUGCCUCGUGGGAAGUAAAUUUGUCACGUGUGUGCUCCCGCCGGAGAUCGUGGCCCCGUCGCAUGCCUGGGCCAACAGAAGGAAGGCAGGCGCUCUGUGCCCCAGCCCUCCCGGGACCUCUUCUCUCAAGCCCGCCCCCUACUCCAUAAUGGCCAGGGUCUAGGAGGGGCGGACGAGGCCGUGUUACUUUCUCCCUCACCCACUUAGGCCCAGAAAUCCCAGUUAGAAACCUGAAAGCAAAUGCAAGAGAAAGAGACACUUCUUAGGUCAAAUAUGCCUCAUCCCUACUGGCCAUUUCAUCUUCCCAGGAGUGUUAGGGGGUUAAGGGUGGCUACACAGGCCUCAGAGUCCGACCCUGGCUGCAAAGUUGCCUGAGGGGGACAGAGGAGCUCCCUUUUCUCCUGCAGAAACCAAGGUGCUACGACUAGUCAGGGAGCUUUGGAGAUGCCUGGACUAGUUGGAGGAAUAGUUGGCGGAGGUUCAGAGCCCCGCAGCAGGCUGUGCGCCCGCUCUUAAGCUCUCGCAUUUGACUUGUCUGGGCCACACGAUACCUAUCCUUUCUUGAAAGAAGUUCGGAAACGAUCAUCACUAGGGGCCUUUGCUCAGAAAGGAGCCGCCUGAAAAUUGUCGGGGUGGCAGGGGGGACAGGGGUGAGGGUAGAGCUAGGAAUCGACCAGUAUUUUGCCUGUUGUGAGUACUCACACUCUCGCCUCGUCCGGGGUGGGGGUAUGGAUUCUUCCUAAGUGCAGUGUAGAGUACAAAAUGCAACCCUGCCCCCAAACCCACAUUCUAGACUCAAAUUCCAAAACUCUACUUACUGCCAUCAAAAGGCCCCGGUCACCCCAUCUCCUUUUCCUUUAUUGUCCUGCCAAGAGAAGACCUUCUCUGUGUCCCCCAGACCUGUGGGUGCUUGUGACGACCUGAGACACACGGUCAUGACUGCCUCACCUGGGCUGUCUCCACUUCCCUCUUUCUCCUUCCCUCUGCCGCUCGGUCCCCAUGACCGGGUCUAGCUGCUCACAAGACACAUCUCAGACCAGCUGGCUUUGCAAUCACUUCAGGGGCCAGGGAGUGGCUGGUCUGGGACUGGGAGGAGGCUGCCCUCGAGCCGUUGGCCCUGGCCAGUCCGGUGGCAUGGGCACUGCACCCCGGAGGCAGUGAGGUCAUGUUGCUGUCAUUUCCCACCUCCCAGUCUUGCCAAUGCCGCCCGCGGGGCCUUCUUCUUUCAUGGGUCCUGCUGGGUCUUGUCUCGCCUCUGCUGAGCUCAUCCAGAGUUCUGUUUCUCCCUUCCUUAUCAGGCCCUUGGGGGCAGCCGGGCUGGGGGCAGCCCCUGGUGGGGCCAUCCCUGUGUGGGGCUGCCACACGGCGGCCGCAGCCCCCAGCUGGCACCGUCCGAGUGCCCGGUUGCCCUGCAGGGCCUGCCUGUCCCUGCUUCUUCUUGGCUCAGGCUCAACAGGCAGCACGAACGGGCACAACUAACUGCCGCCCCCAGGCCUCUCCCCGUAAAGGAGGGUGACUGUGUCCAGCUCACCCAGUCUGUGUGUACAGCUGCCCCUCCGGCCAUCUCUGAUACUUCCUCUUGGGACCAGUGGAGCCCCUCUGGGCUCUUGCUCCCAACCUCUAUGCGGUUUCCUCCCUUCACUCCCUUUUGGGGUGUGGUCUUUCUUAUUUAUCCAAAGGGCUUAAUUUAGGAGACUUUUACCCCAGGGGUAAAAGGCUCUUCUGGGUAGUAGGAUGGACGGUGGGCCCAGGUGUUUUCCAGGCCCUGAGUUCUCCAGAUUCCACGGCUUCCGCUGGAUGGGGGCAACUCUGCUCUGCGUAAAUGACUGUGGGCCUCACCCCCACCCCUCAGCUGGGCACCCUUGGCAGGAAACAGGAGACCCAUUUUCACCUUGACUUACAGCCGUCCUCAGUGCCAGCUCCUCUCCAAGGGAGGGGGCGGCCCCUGAGAAGAUUCCUCUGGCCCUCUGGCAACAGUGAAGGGGAGGAAGCUGGGGGUCGCCCCCUCCAGAGAGCCAGGGUGGAACUCUUAAAAAUAGCCCUCGUAGAGGAAGGGCAGGGCUCACAAAUUCCACUUUGCUCCCCACUCCCAGAAGCCCUUCCUCCCUGAGGACUCCGCCAUCCCCCACAGCAGUCUCUGGCCCCUGCACCUCUGUGUCGUUGGGUCCUCAGCCCAGGGUAAGCUGCAGUCAGGCAGGACAGGAUGGGCAGCCAGAGGUCAGCAAGCUCCGAGCAGAAAAGAGCCAGCCAGCCCCCAAUCCUGUCUCUUGUCCACGCCCUUUGUGAUUUCAGUCUUGGUAGAACUUGUAUUUGGAGUUUUGUGCUUCAAAGUUUUUGUUUUUGUUUGUUUCAUUUUUGUUUUGAGGGGGUGGGGGGGGAUCCAGAGCAGCUGAUCAAUUUGUAUUUAUUUAUUUUAACAUUUUACUAAAUAAAGCCAAAUAAAGUCUCUCA